AUGCCACGCGAAUCUCAUCUCGAAACGACGAUUGGCAAGUCGCUUGUCAACACCAUUGCUGAGGCAAAGGUGCUCAUGGUUGGCGCAGGAGGCAUUGGAUGCGAGCUGCUCAAGAACCUUGUUAUGAGCGGCUUCAAGAACAUUGAAGUGAUCGAUCUAGAUACUAUCGAUCUAUCGAACUUGAACAGGCAGUUCCUCUUCCAGAAACAGCACAUCAAGAAGUCGAAAGCGCACAUCGCAAAAGCAUCGGCCUUGGCCUUCAACCCCAAUGUCAAUAUUGUAUCGCGUCACCAAAAUAUCAAGGAGCAAGAGUUUUCCGUGGACUGGUUCAAAGGCUUCGAUCUGGUCAUGAACGCAUUGGAUAACCUGGAUGCAAGGCGGCAUGUCAAUAAGAUGUGUUUGGCUGCCAAUGUGCCCCUCAUUGAGUCAGGAACGGCAGGAUAUCUCGGACAGGUGACCGUCAUCCAGAAGGACGAGACAGAGUGUUUCGACUGUCAACCCAAAGAAACACCAAAGACCUUUCCUGUCUGCACUAUCAGAAGCACACCGAGUACAUCCAUCCACUGCAUUGUCUGGGCAAAGAGCUAUCUGUUCGGGCUACUCUUCGGAAACGCAGAAGAUGACGACGAUGAGGUACUCUCAAAGGAGAACAGCAACGAUGAUGAGACAGCUAAGGAGCUUGCGGCAUUGGCAGCAGAAUCGCAGGCGCUCAAGGAGAUUUUGGCAUCUGCCAACACAGAUGGCUUCGCACAGCGCGUAUUUGACAAAGUCUUUUACACUGAUAUCCAGCGCCUCAGGAGCAUGGAAGAUAUGUGGAAGAGCAGGAGAGCACCCACACCCUUAAAGUACGACGAAAUCAUGAAUGAAACGGGAGACCUUCCAAGCGCUAUGGAUGCCGCAUCCCUGGAAUCGUCGACAUUGAAGGAUCAGCGUGUGUGGACACUUCGGGAAACAGUUCAGGUGUUCAGCGACAGCUUGGAAAAGCUGACUGCCAGAUUGAAGGAGCUGAGAGAAUCCGACCCUGAGGCGACGGUUCAAUUCGAUAAGGAUGAUUCUGAAACUCUGGACUUUGUCACUGCGACGGCCAAUCUCCGUGCGCACGUUUAUGGCAUUGAGGAAAAGAGUCGAUUCCAAGUUAAAGCCAUGGCUGGAAACAUCAUCCCAGCUAUUGCCACCACUAAUGCCAUCAUUGCGGGCAUGAUGGUCAUGCUGGCGUUCAAGAUUCUCAACAAGCGCCUGGCAGACUGCAAAACUGUAAUGAUACCGAUAGUGGAUGCUCAACAUGACGCGAUAUCCAAGCCCAAUCCUAAGUGCUAUAUCUGUAGGAACUCAUACAUUGCACUUAAAAUCGAUACGGAAAAGAGCACUGUUCAGGACCUUAUCAAUCUACUGGAAGAGAAUUCAUUGAGCGAUGUCGAAAUUCAGGAGGGUGGAAGGGUGAUCUAUGACCCUGACUUUGACGAUAACGCUGAGAAGACCUUGGCGAGUCUACAGCUGACCGAUGGAAAGUUUGUAGAUGUCGUGAAUGAGGACGACCGCAAGAUCAUUGUCUGCCUCAAACAUGUGUAA